AUGAACAAAUUCCUUGACAACUAUGAAGCGUCCGGGGAAAGUAAUAUCCACCUCGUCAACAGCUAUCUUAAGGAGCUGUUAGACACGUGGGCACGAUUUGACGCUAUCCAAUAUGAGAUUGAAGCCUUCGACAAAUCCGAAGUAGCAUGCGACGAGUUACGAGGCAAUUAUCACGCCGCAGUAUCAAGAGCAAACCGGGUUAUUGAGAAGAUUCCACCGACGAACCCCACGCCGCGCGCGUCCACCGUGUUGGCACCAAUGGACAUCAAAUUGCCGGAGAUGCGUCUGCCCAUGUUCGAUGGCACGAUCGAAAAAUGGUCAUCGUUCUUCGACCUCUUCUGUUCUAUGAUAGACCGAAACAGUGAUCUAACGUCGGUGCAAAAGCUGCAAUAUUUGCGAUCGACACUAUCCGGAAAAAUCGCAGCCUGCCUAGAAUCGCUGACUACCACCGACGCGAAUUACCCUGACGCGAUUGAACUUCUGCCCUCUACCUUAAAAGACAAAAAGACGAUACCAUUUCACACGGAACUCCUCGAGUUCCUAGAAAAACGCGCUAGUUACGCUCCAACUGUGUCAUACCCAUCAUCGCCGGGAGUGGAAAAAUUGAGAAAACCGGUUCGAGAACCAAGGCUAGCACGCGCGUUCGUGACAGCGAAUAUGCCACAAUGUCAGCCUGACAAACUACCAACAGAAGUGACCUAUAGGCCUAUCUCAGUGUUAGCAAUCUUGUCAAAACUAUUUGAAAGAUUACUCUUAAACAGACUAAUACGAAUAUUAAGGGAGAAACGUAUAGUCCCACAACAACAUUUCGGUUUUCAUAAGCAACACUCUACCAUUGAACAAGUACAUAGUACAGUUAAUGUGAUAGAAGUAUGCCUUGAGAAACGCAUGGUAUACUUUGCUGCAUUUAUUGACAUUAAUGAAGCUUUUGAUAAAGUGUGGCACAUGGGCUUGUUAUAUAAAAUUAAGCAAAAUCUUCCAUAUAACUAUUAUAACUUGCUAAAAUCCUACUUAACUGACAGGUUUUACCAGGUUAAUCAAAACGGCAAAUACUCGAAGAUCUACCUUAUACUCGUGGGUGUUUCUCAAGGCAGUGUCUUAGGUCCCACAUUAUACCAAAUUUACACAGCAGACCUUCCUAUCGACGAUAAUGUACUCGUGGCCACAUUCGCGAAUGACACUACGUUCUUGGCUUCCCAUGAAAACCCUGCGGAGGCGUCACGAUUCUUGCAGACAGCUGAACAGCGAAAACCUUGA